ACAUUGAGCGCACAGUCGGUGGUUGUCCUCCCCAACAACAUGUAAGAGAUACCCAUGCCACUCACUCCGCGAUAUCUUUUUUCCUCUUCAUGAUCUUCAUCAUGAUCUUCAUCCCUCUCGAUAGGAUCAGUCUGGCUGUUACAAGUUCUCUGCCAAAGAGAGGCAUGGUUUGGAAUCUUUGAAAUCCAGUUUUCUCUGACGUUAGCGCCCGCCGGCCCCCCACGCUCGGGUCGUCUUCAGCUGGCCCUGGCUAGCUGCGUGUGGCUCUGGGUGCGGGUGUGCCUCUUCCCCGUGGGAUUGCGCCGCGCGAAGUUCCGUGGCACCCUCCGUGAUCUCGAUCUCAACCUGCUCAACAUUCGCCACAUUUGCCACAUUCGACACAUUCGACACGUCGGGUGGAUGGUCAGCGAUAUCCCGAGGCCUGCCCACCUGCUCAGCUCAUCUCCAUCGUUACUUGAUCAGCCAGGCUCCUGGAUUGGAGGCCAUGGCCCCAGAGGAUUGAGUGACCGCCCCAGUCCUCGUGCCUUUUGAUUUGUGCUUUAUUUAGAAGGGCUGACCCAAGGUUGAUCGUUGGUGGGCUCAUGGGCAGAUUCGCUGACGAUUGGGCCUGACCCUUUACAUGACCGGUCCAUGACCCGAUGAUCCAGUUGUAUUUCCCGCCUCCAUCGUUAUAGCCGCCAGUGCGUUUGAGCUUGGGGUCGUCCUUGGAUGGGCGUGGACUUUGAACCGGCUGCGUCAUGACGUCCGGGGGUGGAUCCAAUCUGAUGGGCAGCUUGGGUUUGUCGGGGGGAUUGGGCGGGUCGUUGUUGGGCGCUAACAUGAGCACCUUGAGCAACGCCCAGGAAAAGCAAUCGGCCUUGGUGGCCUUGCAGAUGUCUCAAUCCUCCAUGACAGUCAAGCUCGUGUCUGAGCUCAAGUCCAAAGUGGAAGAGACGCGUGCCCAAGCGGCCAUGGAGUUGUGGCGCUACGUGUCCACGGAAUUGCGCGAAGUGCCCAUUGAGGAGUUGAACGCCUUCCUCGAGACGUUCACCAAGCAAAUCUUGGACAUGGUCAAAGGCGACGCUUUUGCCAAGCUAGGUGGCAUUCUGGCCAUUGUGGCCUUGAUCAAUGCCGACGUGUGCAAUACGGGCGAUCGGAUCUCCCGUUUUGGCAAUUACCUGCGCAACACGUGCUUGAACACGGCCUCGUCGUCUUCAUCGGGCUCGUCGUCUAGUUCCACACACAUCUCGCCCGAGGAGUUUGCCGUCAUCGAAUUGGCCUCCAAGGCCAUUGCCCGACUCACCCAAGUGUCCUCGGGCACCUAUACGGCCAACCUUAAGUUUGAACUGAUUGAUCACGAAGUCAAGCGGGCCUUUGAGCUCCUGCAAGGCGAUAAGAGCGAGGGCAAACGCUUUGCCGCCGUCUUGAUUCUCCGCGAGAUCGCCUUCUCCAUGCCCACGUUCUUCUUCCAGAACGUGUCCCGAUUCUUUGACGUGAUUUUCCACGCAGUUCGCGAUGCCAAGCUGAAACUCCGCGAAUCCGCGGUCAACGCCCUCCGAGCCGCCUUAUGGGUCACGGCCAAACGCGAGACCACCAAACAAUCGCGCCAUCAACACCAAUCCUGGUAUUCCCAAUGCUACGAAGAGGCUCUGAAAGGCUUCGACAUGGCCGCGGACAAACGGGUCUCGAAAGAGGACCGCAUCCACGGGUCUUUGCUUGUGCUAUGUGAUCUGCUGAGAUGCUCCAAUUACGACUGGGAGAUGCGCAAUCGCAGCAUCGAGGAAGACAUUUUAUGCGAUCCGUUGACCCAGGGGGCCAGUAUCAUCUCGACCCGCCCACCUGCGCUCAGUCCUGAAAGUCAGAGUGGCUUGGGCGCAGUUCGUAAAUACUAUCAAUCCGCCGCAGGUUUCAAAUUGACGCGCUCGCCGGCUGUGAGUGGUACGGGAGGCGUGCCCAUCUCUUGGUUUGGCACGGUGAUUGUCGGCAAAGAGGACGUGGUUGAAAGCAUGCUCUGUCGGAACAUGCUCAACGAUCACUAUGAUCAGCUUUGCCACAAGGUGCUGUCCAUUGCCAAGAGCCCUCAAAUGGUCAAGAACAUCAACAUUCAGAACGCCCUCCUGCUGAUCCUGCCCAAGUUGGCCGCUUUCCGCAAAGAGCUCUUCACGCAAAAGUUCUUACCCGAGGCCGUGGUUUUCACGGAUCGCUUGUUGAUUGACAAGAACCGCUACAACGCUUUCGUGGCCAUGGGGCUCUUGGCGGUGGCCGUGGGUCCGGACAUUCACCUUCAUCUGAGGGUCGUGCUCACUCAGAUCAAACUGUCGUUGCCCAAUAAGGAGACCCCGAACAAGAGACGCUCCGUGGCGUUGGAUCCCGCCAUUUUUGCCUGCAUCUCACUUCUGGCCCAAGCUUGUCAGCACUCGAUACGCCACGAUAUCUCGGGCAUGUUGGACUCCAUGUUGAGUGUGGGCCUCUCGCCCCCUUUGACCAUCGCUCUGACUGAGCUAGCCAAGUAUAUUCCCACUUUCAAGAAGGACAUCGCGGAUGGCCUCCUCAAGAUUCUCUCCCUCAUCCUGAUGCAACAACCUUUCAAACAUCCGGGCACGCCCAAACGUCUCUUGAGUCAGAUGUCGCCUAUUCCCGACGUUCCCGACACGGCCUCCGUCGUUCUUGGCCUUCGAACUUUAGGGAGUUUUGACUUUGAAGGCCACUCUCUCCUGCAAUUUGUGCGACACUGUGCGGACAACUAUUUGAAUUCGGAUGAGAAACUCAUUCGCUUGGAGGCGGUGGAAACGUGCUCCUCGUUAUUGAAGCAAUCUUUGGGCAAUGAAGGCGGGAACAAAUCUCAGACCAUCAUGUCCACCAUUAAUGAAGUCCUGGCCAAGCUACUGAUCGUGGGCAUCACGGAUCAGGAACCCAAAGUUCGAGCGUGUGUCAUGAAUUGUCUGGAUGAGUGCUUCGAUUAUCACUUGGCUCAAGCCGAGAAUCUCUCGGCUCUCUUCGUGGCCAUGAACGACGAGCACUUUGAGAUCCGGGAGCUCACGAUUUGCAUCAUUGCCCGCUUGUGCCAUAUCAAUCCGGCGUACAUCAUGCCCUCCUUGAGAAAGACCCUGAUCCAGUUGUUGACCGAAAUGGAGUUCAGCGGCGUCGGCCGCAACAAGGAGCAGAGUGCCCGCAUGUUGGGACAACUCGUGGCCAACGCUCCCACUCUCAUCCGACCUUACAUCGAGCCCAUCUUGAAAGUCCUGGUUCCUAAAUUGAAAGAGCCCGAUCUGAAUCGUAUGGUGAUCACGAGUGUCCUCAGAGCCAUUGGCGACCUCUCGCGUGAAGGCCUAGGCUUGAUGAACAAAUAUGUAGACGAAUUGCUGCCCAUGCUUUUAGACAUCCUCAACGAUUCGUCGUCAUCGCAGAAACGUGAGGUUUGUCUUUGGACGCUCUCCCAGCUCAUCUUGAGCACUGGAUGCGUGAUUGAGCCGUACCACAAGUACCCGACCUUAUUGGACACUCUGCUCGGGUUUCUGAGGACAGAACAAAGGCCCUCCAUUCGGAUGAAGACUCUUCAGCUCCUUGGCUUGUUAGGCGCUCUGGAUCCUUACAAGCACAAGAUGAACAUUGGCCAGAUCGAUUCGGCUACGGUGACCUCGGCCCCACUCAUUCCCAUGAGUGAGAUGAAUGACUUGGAACAAAGUUGGGAAAUGACGCCAUCGGAGUUGUUUGUCAAUAUGGGCACAUCCUCCUUGGACGACUUCUACCCGAGUGUGGCCAUCGCCACGCUCAUGAAGAUCAUCCGUGAUCCAACUCUGUCCCAGCAUCACACCGAGGUGGUGCAAGCCGUCACGUUCAUUUUCCGCGCUCUUGGGAUCAAAUCCGUCCCCUAUAUUCCCCAAGUGAUCCCCAGCAUGAUCAAUGUGAUUCGGUCCUCAGAUGUGAAGUUUCACGACAACCUCUUUCGACAAAUGGGCAUUCUAAUCAGCAUCGUCCAGCAACACAUUCGCAAAUACCUUGAGGAUAUUUUCACUUUGAUCCGAGAGUUCUGGACUGUGGACUCGCCACUCCAGCCCACCAUCAUCGGGUUGGUGGAGAACAUCUCGAGUGCCUUGGGAUGCGAGUUCAAGAUUUACUUUCCCUUGCUGAUACCCCAAAUCCUCCGGGUACUUGCUUACGAUUCGAGUCGUGAGCGCCAAGUCACGGGCAUCCUCUUGAAAGCUUUGAUCAAGUUUGGAAACACGCUUUCGGAUUACAUGCAUCUGAUUCUGCCCAAAAUCGUGGGCUUGGUGGACAUGGUGGAGGUCCCAAUUAUGGUUCGUCGAUCAGCCUUGGUCUGCAUUGCCAAUUUGUCGGAGACCUUGGACUUUGCUGAAUACGCCUCGCUCAUCAUUCACCCGAUCGUUCGAUGCUUGGACAAGACGCCCGAAUUGCGACCGGCAGCCAUGGACACGUUAGCCGCUAUUGUGAACCAACUCGGCAAGAAAUAUGUCAUCUUCAUCCCCAUGGUCAAAUCCAAGCUCAACCAGCACAAGUUCAGUCACCAACGUUAUGAUAUCUUGUGUGCGCGUGUCAUGGAAGGCGGUACGCCAUCAGAUUUCGACGACGGGAUGCUCCGAUAUCCGAGAAACCGACGCCGCACCGACGCUCCGGAUCAAGGCAACACCGGCAAUGAGGGCAUGCGAAGCAAGCGUUUACCCACCUCGGCUAAUUUGGCGAACCUCCAAGAGGCCUGGACCGUGUCCAGACGUGUGUCCAAAGACGACUGGCUAGAUUGGUACAGUCGACUCUGCUCUGAGCUCCUCAAAGCCUCGCCCUCGCCGGCUUUGCGGGCGUGCUGGACCGUGGCGCAGCAUCACUCUCAGUUGGCCAAGGACUUGUUCAACGCCUCCUUCGUGUCCUGUUGGACCGAGUUGGAUGUGACCCAACAAGAUGAGCUCAUGAAAAGUCUGGAAGAGGCUUUGAAAUUCAUGGACUCGCCCGAGAUCUCUCAAACCAUUCUCAAUUUGGCCGAGUUUAUGGAGCAUUGCGACAAGGGCCCACUUCCACUGGAUCCCAUCCUCUUGGGCGAGACUGCCAUUCGGUGCAAGGCCUACGCCAAAGCUCUGCACUACAAGGAGGACGAAUUCAACCGCCAGCCCAAAGUGCCCGUCCUUGAGGCCUUGAUCUCCAUAAACAAUAAGUUGGGCCAGAAAGAGGCUGCAGCCGGCCUGUUGGAAUGGGGCGAGAAGAACCUCGAGGGUGAUCUUCAGGUCCAAGAGCGUUGGCAUGAAAAGCUCCACGACUGGGAAAAGGCACUCAAAGUCUAUCAGGAGAAAUCCGAACAGACGCCCAACGACCCCGAAUUGAUCUCGGGACAAAUGCGAUGUCUCGAAGCAUUGGGAGAAUGGGGGGAACUUCAUGAAGUAGCCAACAAGAAUUGGGAAGUGGUCGAGUCCAUAGAGGGCAUGCCACGGUUGGCGGCUUCAGCCGCAUUGGGUAUGGGAGAUUGGCCCUCCAUGGCCAAGGCUACGGCCCUCUUGCCCAGGGAGAGCCAAGAUGGGGCCUUUUACCGAGCCAUCCUGUGUAUUCAUCAAGAGCAAUGGAUCGAAGCCUGCAAUCUGAUCGACCUGACUCGUAACCUCCUGGAUACGGAGAUCGCCGCACUGUCUUCCGAGAGUUACCAACGGGCUUAUCCCACCAUGGUGGCCAUUCAAAUGUUGGCCGAGCUCGAGGAAGUCAUCGAAUACAAACUCAACCCGGAGCGGCAAGAGGCGUUCCGAGAAAUGUGGUGGAAGCGUCUCCAGGGCGUUCAACGCGUGGUCGAGGACUGGCAAAGGAUCAUGCACGUUCGAUCCUUGGUGAUCUCCCCUCAAAGCGAUCAGCGCACGUGGCUCAAGUACGCCUCUCUGUGCCGUAAGUCCGGCCGUCUCAAGUUGUCCCAUCGGACAUUGGUCACCAUCCUGGGAUCUGACCCGAGUCUCCUCGUGAGCAAGCCCUUGCCGACCGAUUAUCCCCAAGCCACAUUCGCCUAUUGCAAGCACAUCUGGGCCAGCGAGGAGAAGGAGCUGGCCCUGACCAAGUUGAAGCACUUUGUGGAGAUGUUCCUCAAGCCCAACACGUUUGGCCUGAUGUCCCGUGGGGAUGAGUCCCAGCGGCCUCAGCUCAAGGAUAUGAGCUCUCUGUUGGCUCGCUGCUAUCACAAACUGGGACAAUGGCAAGAUAACCUCCAUGGCAUCUCGGAGGAGUCCAUUCCCACCAUCUUGCAAUACUAUGCCGCAGCCACGGAGCAUGACAAUACCUGGUACAAAGCUUGGCACUCGUUUGCCGUCAUGAACUUUGAAACGAUUCUCUUCUACAAGCAUCAGAAAUCGGAUCUCCAUCACAACAGUGUUAUGUGUGGUAGUGUGAGUGGGGGUGGGGCCUCAACGGCCGCUUCCACCGCUUCUUCCUCUUUGGAUGCGCCCUUGAGCGUCCGUUCGUCCUUGCCCGUGCCCAACUCGUCCACGAUGGGAUUGACUCCCAAAUUGAUAUCGUUUUACGGUGUGCCCGCUCUGAAGGGCUUUGUCAGAUCCAUCUCCUUGUCCAAGGGUAGUUCCUUGCAAGACACCCUUCGAUUGCUGACGCUUCUCUUUGACUACGGUCAUCAAUCCGAUAUGUACGAGGCCCUGCAUGAGGGCGUGCGCACCAUCGAAAUCGACAAUUGGCUUCAGGUGAUUCCUCAAUUGAUUGCCCGCAUUGAUACCCCUCGCCAUCUGGUGAGUCGACUCAUUCACCAGAUCCUCAUGGACUUGGGCAAGUUCCAUCCCCAAGCCCUGGUGUACAGCUUGACGGUGGCGUGCAAAUCCAACAACACCACCCGCAAGGCGGCAGCCAACAAAAUCCUGAACAAGAUCAAGGAAAGCAACGAGACCUUGGUCAAUCAGGCCAUGAUGGUGUCCGACGAACUCAUUCGUGUGGCCAUCUUGUGGCAUGAGCAAUGGCACGAAGGCUUGGAGGAGGCCAGCCGACUCUACUUUGGGGAGAAGAACAUUCCGGGCAUGUUGGCCGUACUCGAGCCUCUGCAUCAAAUGCUUGAAAAAGGUCCCCAGACCCUGAAAGAGACCUCGUUCCAUCAGGCCUACGGGAAUGACCUGAACGAGGCCAAACGGUGCUGUCAACGCUACAAAGUGUCCGACAACAAUCGGGAUCUGAAUCAAGCAUGGGAUCUGUACUACCACGUGUUCCGUCGGAUUUCCCGCCAACUCCCCAAACUCACCCAGCUCGAGCUCCAGCAUGUCUCCCCUCAGCUUCUCAAGUGUCGCAAUCUGGAGUUGGCCGUCCCCGGCAAUUAUGUUCCCAACCGUCCCAGCAUCUCGAUCGCCGAAGUGGAGCCCGCUCUUCAGGUGAUCACGUCCAAACAAAGGCCGAGAAAGACGACCAUCCGUGGCUCGGAUGGCAAGUCCUAUAUGUUCCUCCUGAAGGGUCACGAGGACCUCCGACAAGAUGAACGGGUGAUGCAAUUCUUCAGCUUGGUCAAUUCGCUCUUGUUGAAUGAUCCGGAAACUUUCCGCCGGAACUUGACCAUCCAACGCUUUGCUGUGAUCCCAUUGUCCACGAACUCGGGUCUAAUUGGCUGGGUGCCGAAUUCGGACACGCUACACGCUCUAAUCAAGGACUAUCGAGAGAAGAAGAAGAUUCUUUUGAACAUCGAGCACCGAAUCAUGCAACGGAUGACGCCCAAUGUGGACCACCUGCCUCUCAUGAACAAAGUGGAAGUGUUUGAGCACUCGUUGGAGUCCACGCAAGGCGACGAUCUGGCCAAGAUCCUCCUCUUGAAGGCCCCCAGCUCGGAGGUGUGGUUCGACCGGAGGACCAAUUUCACGCGAUCUCUGGCCGUCAUGUCCAUGGUGGGUUACGUGCUCGGCUUGGGCGAUCGGCAUCCCUCCAAUCUCCUGCUGGAUCGCAUGAGUGGCAAGAUCUUGCACAUUGACUUUGGCGAUUGCUUCGAAGUGGCCAUGACCCGCGAAAAGUUUCCCGAGAAGAUCCCAUUCCGUUUGACCCGCAUGCUCAUCAACGCCAUGGAGGUCACCGGCAUCGAAGGCACCUAUCGCCGCACGUGCGAAUCCGUCAUGAAUGUGCUCCGGAACAACCGCGACAGCCUCAUGGCGGUUCUCGAGGCGUUCGUCUACGAUCCUCUUCUCAACUGGCGACUCAUGGAAACCGGGCCCAAGGCCAGACGAUCCAAGCCUCCGCAAGCCGGCGAAAAUUACUCCGCCGUCACGGCCAGCCACGUGUCCACGGACUUGGGCUCGCUGGAUGGUGCGGGUGCGGCUUCCAACGUCCGCAUUGAAAACAUCUCCAUCAUCGACGGGCUGGAUGGGGACGGAAAUCAGCCGGAGAUCCUGAAUAAGAAGGCUCUGGAUAUCAUCCAGAGGGUCCGAGACAAGCUCACGGGUCGAGAUUUCUCGCAUGACGAAGUCUUGGACAUUCACGAGCAAGUGGAUCGACUCAUCGAGCAAGCCACGAAUAACGAGAACCUCUGCCAGAGCUACAUCGGUUGGUGUCCAUUCUGGUAGAGACGCCACGAUAGAAAACAUUGUAGGAGAUAAAAUGUAUCCUUCACUCAUAUCUGAACAUACAAUGAUGACCUGGACCAUAUCGAACGUCUACGUACACAAAGCCAAGUUGUUUGUUAUUUAAAUGAAAAAAAAAGCAAAAUGUUGUGUCCCAAAAUAAACCAAAUUAAUAUCUAA